UAGACUUUUUCCGUCUCCGUUUUGGCCGGCAGCGAUCCAGCCCACCUCGCCACCGCCGGCGGCGACCCAUCCGACCGGGACCCCGCAAUGGGGAAGAAGAGGAAGAAGGGAAGAGCGGCCAAGGAACCCCGCAAGAACCACCACCUCCAUCCACAUUCCUGUUCCCGGCCCUCCAUCUCCACCCGCGAACACAAACGUCGAGACCCUGCCCCGGGCACCGGCUCCGGCUCCGGCUCCGAAUCCGACCCCUCGCUGCCAUCCACUUCGGACGCCGUUCGCCGUCUAAUCGAUCCCUACUCGAAGCCCCGGCUCAUCGCCAUCCUCGCGGAGGCGGCCACAGCGAACCCCGCGCUGCGCGCCCGCCUCGGCGCCGCCGCCGCCGCGUCGCCCUCGCACCGCCAGCUCUUCGUCCACGGCCUUCCGCCGCACGCCGACAGCGCCGCGCUCGCGGAGGCGUUCUCCCGCUUCGGUCCCCUCGCCGACUGCCACGCCAUCGCGGACCACCGCGCCUCGGGGCGCUGCUGCAAAGGGUACGGCUUCGUGUCCUUCGCCUCCCGCGCCGCCGCGCGCCACGCGGUUCGGGAGGCCCCCCGCGUCACCGUCGCCGGACGCCCCGUCUCCGUCCAGUUCGCCUCGGCCGGCCCGGACCCGUCUGGUGGGGGCGGGGCCGGGGCCGCCGGGCGGCGGGUGUACGUGACCAACGUCGCGCCGGACGCCAGCGCGGAGCGGCUGCGCGCGUUCUUCGCGCGGUUCGGGGAGCUGGAGGGCGGGCCGUUCGGCUUCGACGGCGACACCGGGUACGCGCGGUUCGGGGAGCUGGAGGGCGGGUACGCGCUGUUCGUGUACCAGGCGGCGGCCGGCGCCGCGAAGGCGGUCCAGGAGCCGUACCGCGUGUUCGAGGGGCGCACGCUGCAUUGCCAGCUCGCCAACGAACCCGCCGCCGCGCGGAAGACCAAGGCACCCGUGGCGCCUCCGCCGGCGGUGGUGGCAGCUUCGGCUGCCGGAACGCCACCACGGCUGCAGUCGGUGCUUGAUGCCGCCGCGGCCGCCGGCGUGGUGGACCUUGCAAGUUACGCUCGUGACCCAGCACAGGCUGCAGCGUUGCUCGGCCAGAAUCCUGCUCUUGCGGCUGCAGCAUUGAGCACUGCAUUGGCGUCCGGGGACGCCACCACCAUUCCCCUCACUCCGGCAGCUGUGUCUGUGCCAAUGGAAGUAGCUUUGGCCUCGCCAAAACCAGCGACUGCCGUAACAGUGGCACCAUCACCAGUGAUGGUUGGUGUUAGACCGAGUGGCGGACCAGGACUGCUUGGGGCAUACAAACCGCCAUCGUUGCUAAUGGUGUCAUCCUCAUCAGGGAGGAAAGGGAUACUGAUGGGCACCUGAUGGAGUCAUGAGAGGGACCUAUGGACACUGCAAUUCUUAGUUGUGCUUAAGCUCGAGAGGCCUUCAGGAAGUAUGUUGAUGGCUUCCGUUUUUGUAAACCUGAGACUUGGAUGCAAUACGAUCCUCCAUUCUAUGGAACUGUGUAGUGUUUCACACUUUCACUUUCCUUAUAACCGUCUGAUCUGCUAGAAAACUAUAAAAUGUAUCAGCACUUAUUAGAUUCUAUUUUCUAUACAGUCUUCCUUGGGUAAGAAAA